CCUGUGACUGUUGCGGAUGUAGUUGGCUAAGGAAAUUAGAGUUUUUGGUUGGUACAACUAGCAGGCUGUAAAAUCACGAAAUCUACCUCCAAUAAAUAAUGUUGAAGUUUAUUUGUGAAAUAUGUUAAGCAAUCGAAUGGAUUUACAUGAUGGCAAAAUGUCGCAAGUUUGGAGAAAAUGACGAGGUGACUUGCUUAACAACAGUAGCUUGGACAUUUGUGAUAUGAUAAUCACAAAAGACAAGUGUGUAAAAUGGACUGAAGUAAUUAGUUAGUUGCUAACUAUUGAGAUGUGCUACUAGCUGUACAUAUAAAAAAUAUAUGACCAAUAAGCACUUUAAGUUGUCUUUGCCUACAAAUCACCAAUCUACAUGAACAUCAUGUACUAAGAAAUAAGUUGUUACUGUUUGCAUGCUCUGUCGUCACUUUAAGGUCAAUUCACCUCCACAUACAUUUGUUUUGCUAACCACACAUAAACAGAGCUGAUCAUGUCACUAGUAGAGCAGUCCCAAAAGUGGUUCCCGACUCAUGUCCAAGCCACUGUUCUUCAAGCAACUGACCUACAAGCUAAGAGUAAGAAUGGCACCAACGAUGCCUACACUAUCAUUCAGCUGGGAAAGGAGAAGUACUCGACAUCGGUGGCAGAGAAAACACUCAGCCCAGUGUGGAGAGAAGAAGCCUCCUUUGAACUGCCAGGUCUGCUUCUGGAGGGCAACCCAGAAAUCUACGAACUAUGCCUCAUUGUGAUGCACAGGUCCCUGGUGGGGAUGGAUAAAUUCCUGGGCCAGAGUACCAUCAAUCUCAAUGAGAUUUUUGAUAACAAGGAGAGAAGGAAAACUGACUGGUACUCUUUGGACUCCAGGCCAGGGAAGAAGAGGAAGGAGAGAGGGAAGAUCCAGGUCAGCAUCCAGUUCAUGAGGAACAACAUGACGGCCAGCAUGUUCGACCUUUCCGUAAAGGACAAGCCCCGCUCGCCCUUCACUAAACUCAAGGACAAGCUGAAGGGUCGCAAGCACGAUGGUGGCUUCUCCGACACCUCCUCAGCCAUCCUGCCCCGCUCCGCCAUGUUUGACUCGGAGACCCUUCGUCAGCCCAGUGCUCCGGACCAUCAGCCCCAGCCAGAGCCCAAAAUCAAGAGACACUUACUGGCCGGCUCCCAUAAGCUCUCCGCUGCCCACUCCAUGUCCGACCUCAUUGGCACCCACUUCCGCCCCAAGCUGGACUCUAUGAACUCCAUCGAGGAGCUGGAGAAAGGGAGUGGUGCCGCCCCUCACAGGCGCUCCCAGAGUGAGGUGCGAGGCUACCAGAACACAGAGGAACACUGUGACCCUUUUACUGAUAUCAGCGAUGGCCUGCCGCAGAAGUACGCCACCCUUCCUCGCAACCGCAACCCAUUUGAGGUGGAGCAGGGCCAGCUGUGGGACCAAGGGGAGAAAAAGGAGAAGAAGGAGAAGGUCAGCCUACUUGAACGUGUGACCGGGAAGAAGGAGGGACGCAAGACCGACGGGGGGCGUUCGGGCAGCUCUGGAGACCUGCGCUCGCCCAAUCCCUUCAACAGCAACUCUCAGGGCGACAUCCAACCAACCAACCCCUUCAGCUCACACUACAAAGCAAGUGAUAAAAAGCCCACCAGCAAUGAAGACAUCCGAAAGGCGAGAGAGAAACAUGGCAAGAAAAAUGAGACAAAGCAGCCGAGCGUGGCCUCCUAUAGCAACUUGUCUUUUGACGAGGUGGUGCGUGAGCUCAUCAAGCAGAAGGAGGUGGUGAAAAAGAAGGACGCGCAUAUCCGUGAGCUGGAAGACUACAUUGAUAACCUGCUGGUCCGCGUUAUGGAGGAUUCGCCGAGCAUCCUACGGACACCCUACGAGCCCAACAGGAAAGCGGGGAAAAUCUCAAAAAAGAAGUAGAGUCAAGGUAGAGAAAGGUCAAAAAUAGAGGCUUGUAAACAGUAAUGUCUCGUCCUAGCCAUUUUUUUCUAAUGUAUUGUGGGUAUGGAACAAAAAAUGAAGAGAAGGGGGAUUGACCAAUGCCAAAUCAGUCGUUUUUGAUUUCUUUACAGUAACUGCAUUGAUACAGCUUAUACGUUUUUAUAGGUUUUGUAUGCUGUGAUUUGAGUUUACACCAGUUCCCCCAGCAGAAUAUUAUUGUGGAGUGAAGUACAUCCGAUGACAUAAAUAUUUGACUUGCAUUAUAAUUAACCCCAUGGCUGUUCCAUUAUGAUAGGUAGACUAACCUCUGAAUCAGUUGCUCUAUGUUGAUCCACUCAUCCAUUUUAAUUGUCUCCUGCUCUGUUGUUUGCAUGGCAUUCUUUUUGUUUUUCAAAUUCUGGUGAAUUGAAAGAAUGGGAAAUGACAUAAUGUAUCUCACAAAUUCAUCAGAAUACCUUAGCAGAAACCAGUGGGAUUCAAAUGAGCUAUCACUGUGUUGACUACGUUUUACCAUUGAUUAUGAGAUGAUGAAGAACAAACUAGUGGGGUUAUACCAUGCCUGACCGUUUCCCAAGGCCUUUAAUAGUGUAUCCAUGGCAUACGCUAUUUAAGGCCUUGGAAAACGAUCAGGCAUGGUAUAGCCCCACUAGUGCACUUUCACACACGUAACAUGAAAAUCCCAGACAGCUUCUGGAGCGGUUGUUUGAACAUAGAACCACCAAGCUAGAUUUGCGUUUAAACACUAAGGCUAUCUAGAUUUAAUUAAAUAUUUAAAGGAUGCACCUCUUCACCUCUCACAAAUCAGUUGUACUGAAAAAGUGCACGAUUUAGAUUAAAAAAAGAAUGUCCUCGAGCUUCUAGUAAAGAGAGAAACAACUUCUCUGAUUAUGACUAAACUUAUGCCUCGUUUAGCCUCUCCAAGAGGCUAAAAUCUCUUGAUUAGGUUGCUUUACUUUACUGACUUUAUUGUCCCCAUGGAGAAGUUUUGUUGCAGUGUCAUGUACACGUUUAAAGUAGUGUUUAAAUACAAAACAAAUUGACAAUACAACUUUCAUAAGUUGCAUACCAAUAAAAAGAGACUAGCCUACUGGCCUUACUGGGUCAAUAGGAACAUUAGCCCGAGCUAUUUAGGAGGGAUAUCACACCUGGCACAAAUGAUUGUCUAGUUCUGUUUUUCCCGCCGAGGGGUGCCCUAUACCUGCGCCCAGAAGGGAGUAGUUCAAAGUCGCUAGGUGUAGAACUAUGGUUACUAUACCCCAUUUUAUAAUUGCUAACUGACUGGAGAAGUUUUGUUUAAAGCCCCGAUGCUCAUUCUGAACGUUUAAAUGCAUCGCUUGCGGUACCGUUUUGUGAAACAUAAACAUAUCUUUCAUAUCAGUGAGAAAUAAUUUUUAAAAAAACUCAAUGUUUAUAGGGUUAGGGUUCCCACACGGCCAUAUUUCCAUGUUGCAGUGCUUUUUUACGGGAAACAGAAGGAAGACAGAGGCGUACCUGUGCUAAUUAGAUAUCUACCUGUGAGUAAACGGAAGAUGGACGCCGCAAAAGAGUUGUCACUGAAAAAUAUGUGUUUAAACACUGUACAGUAAGUGUAUAUUUAGCAUUUGUAAAAUUAUUUUGACGUGAUAAGGAAGAAGAGGGUUUUAUGUUUCUAGAACCGUACCAAAAUUGAAAAUCGAUUCACGUUUAGAAGAAGUAUUUGGCUGUUUUUGCUAACAGAACAUGUAAGGUCUUCGAACUAUAAGGAGUAACGUUAGUCCAUUAUUGAGGUACAGUUGCUAUAGUAUUUUAAUAAAAGGGUCUACUUUUUUAUUUGAUUGCGUGCCUCACUUUUCAAACAAAAAAAUGUAUCCGUUAAACAGUUAAUCAAAUGUAUAUGGCCUAAGUGUUAAAACGUAUCCAAACAAUUGUUAAAUAACCAAAAGGUCAUGGUCUAGGGGUGUGGAUGAGUGUAUCUGUGUGGGUUUGCGCGUGAAUAAGUGUGUGGUGCGGAGACUCGGUGCAGGUGGUCAGUCCAGAUCAAGUGUUCCGGAUAUUUUAAAUUUAACUAGGCAAGUCAGUUAAAAACAAAUUCUUAUUUACAAUGAUGGCCAAACCCGGACGACGCUGGGACAAUUGUGUGCCGCCCUAUGGGACUCCCAAUCACGGCCGGUUGUGAUACAGCCUGGAAUCGAACCAGGGUCUGUAGUGACGUCUCUAGCACUGAGAUGCAGUACCUUAGACCGCUGCGCCACUCGGGGAGCCCUAUAGGGCGGCAUUCUUUUGGCUUCUAUUUAGAAAUUGUCUCUGAGCCUGUUGGUAUCAGACCUCAUGCUCCAAUACCGUCUCCCCGAUGGUGAAGGGGUGAACCGCUCGUGUGUGGGGUCCUUGAUGAUGCUGCUGGCCUUCCUCAGGCACCGUUUCAAGUAGAUGUCCUGGCUGGGCGGGAGCACGGUCCCAGUGAUGUACUAAUAACCAGCUGAGCUAGCAAAAAUGUAACAAAAGUCGUUUUUCGGAAUCAAAAAAUAUACGUUUCAGGAAUCACAGAAGCAAGCUCUCCCGGUGCACUGUUCAAUCAUUUAGCCAUUUAAACAUUUUGUUUUUGGAUAAACUCACUUUUUGCAAUGCCCUCAAUGGCUUCCAUGCGUUUAAAACGUGAGCUUGUCCGAGGGGUCGGUCUUGACAACACUUUCUAUCCAUUGGAGUGCUUGGACUGAUUGCCCCAACUUCUGCGGUCGGGCUUAGUGAAGGGUCAAUUGAAUAGGGUUUGCCAUUUUUAAUAGGUCUGACAUGAAAGCGUGAACCAACAUAUAGCCAUAACAAAUAUGGCCGCUUGAUGCGGUAUUCAACCCAGAUGCUCUUAUAAUGUGAAUGUAGUCAAGUAUAUGUUUACCAGAUGCUCCAGAGGCAGUCGUGUGCUGUUGGCAGUGGUCAAGUGGUUGAGUACUGCAGAGCAUUAAUGACUGUGUUUACACUUCAGACCAAGACGCAGGAUUAUGACUCUACACUCUGCCAAUCAGCCCGGCACUGCGCUUACUGCAAUACAAGAUUGUGUUGAUAUACUGAUAUGCGGGUAUGAACAUGCUGUUGUUGCCUGUCUGUGACUGAUGUGAGCUUUUUGGCAUUAGGAUGGUUUGGACCUACAGUAUCUGUUGACAUUUGCCAUCUUAGUACAAAAAUAUAUUAUUUAAAGGUACUCUUAUGAGGGUAGGUACUACUGCAUUUUUUUCAAACUCAAGGCAUGCAUCUGAAAACAGCGUGACACUGCAUUCCAAUUUUGUGACCUUGCAGUGAAAACUAAACUAUGUAAACACUGUAUUCUCUGGUCAGUUUUGAUGAUAUAGAAUGUCUGGGCAUCGUGCAGAAUGUAAUUGAGUGGAGGCAAACUAAAGACACUGCUUUGAAGCCUCCCUAAUAUUUACACCAAAGUUAAUUCAUUCAAAGAGCUAUCAUUGUCCAGCAUAUCAACUCUGAAGUCAUUGCUUUUGGGUUUGUUGUUUUAGAUUUUUCAGUGACUCUUGAUGACUAUCGUUUUGUUUUUAGGAUCAAGCGCAUUGUAUGACCUUAAUUUGCAUUAAGUGUAGGCCCAUCCAUUGUCAUCCAAAAAUGUGUAUAAACCAUUGGUCAAGUUAUUCUCACUUUACUCUACUUGUAUGGCUUUACACAGACAGAAAGAUGAAGUGCAAUCAUAAUUUAGCAACAUGUUUAAUAUUCUAUUGGUGUCCACAAAUUGUUUACACUUUGAAUCAUUAUAUUGUGUGCUCAGGUGGAACAUGUCUGAAUGACAUCCGUUCUACACUUGUGAUCUGUCAUUGUUUGUCAACAGAGAGAAAAUAUGAUUCCAUUAGGUAGAAGUGGUUCGAUUUUUGUUACUUUUUAGAUUGACUGAUUGUUGCUUGAAUUGUUUUAACUAUUUGAAGGAAAUAUUAAUCAAGGUACCUAGCUACAUAGCAAUGCAUUUGCAGGCUGAUUUUAAUGUAUUGAUUUUGUUCACAUGUUACACUGCCCAUUGACAGAUCAAAGUGCUCUUGACUAAUUGCUCUCCACAAAGGCUAUUGGUUAUAUUUUUACUAGUAAUACACUGUGUACUAACUUAACACAUCCAGAAAACCAAACUAUCAGUACAGAUUGUAACAAGGGCUCGAGUUAACCUGUUUAUUACAUUUUAUAUGUGAUCAUUUAUGACAUUUUCAUGUUUUACUGACUAAUUUGUCAUGCAUCCUUCAUACUGUCCAAAGCAAGGCCAAAUAUAUAACAUAUCACGACAGUUUUACAAUCAAUGUAGGCUAACUCUGUUAUGAAAUAUGUUAUCAUAAAUAGUACUAUGACGACAUAACAAACAGUAUCAGCCUGUCAAAAAACAAACCACCCUCAAUUUAAUAAUUUGUGUCACCAUGGUAUAUCGCUUCAUAGCACAUACAAUGUCUGUUCUGCAUAGCAUACACAAUUGUAUGUAUCAAUGUAUGCUUUAAGCAGGCAGUUUCCCCGCUCUGUAUGAUGUCACAUUUCUGAGUCUACUUUUCUUUAAUAGUUACAUACACUGUAAUGCUUUUCAAAAAGGUUACGACCACUUAGUUAUUACUUUUUUUUUUUUUUUUUUUUUUUUCACCUUUAUUUAACCAGGUAGGCUAGUUGAGAACAAGUUCUCAUUUGCAACUGCGACCUGGCCAAGAUAAAGCAUUACUUUAUUACUGUAAGUAGGUAAAACUAUUACUGUGUUACUGAAAUAUUUUCCCUCAAGAUGUACGUCUUUUCCUAGAGCAAAUGCCAUGACAUGAUGCCAUGCCAUGACAUGACAUGACAAACAUGUCUCACCUAAUUAGCAGAAAGGUUUACAUUUGUCACUUUUUUGUUUUUUCUUUUUGUAGAAUGUUGUGCCAUUUACAGUGUUAUAUUCUUGGUAUUUUAAAUCAAUAGGAUUAAUGUUACAAAGUUGUGUACUAAUUGUAUUGUGACCCCUGUUGUGAACUAUUGAUUCCUCAGUCUAAAUCAUUGACCACACUGAGUUGCGUAGUCACACAUUUUAGACAAUUUUUGUUGCUUUUUCCUGUAUUUUGUGUCUUUUUUUAUUUGGUAAACUUUUACAUUCUAAGUUUUAUAUUCUUUAUUUGUAUUGGUAAAGUUACUGAAUGUCCACAUCAAGUAAGGAUACAGCCCUAAGUGAACAUGUGAGAAUUUUACGACAUUCGUUUUCGGAAGUUCAAAACCGCCAGAGGCUUCAAUUUCAGAACUGCUUGGAUGACUCACUCUACAUUAAAAAGGGCUAUCUCAUUGCUUUUUUUUCCUUCUUAAGUAACAAACACAGUUUACUGCAAAAACUUCCCAAUUCGGUCACAGUUAACUAGGACAAAGAGAAUUUAAUGGUAUUCCAGAAAAUGCAAAAGCUGCCUUUUUAUAAACCUUGUCCUAGCAUGCAUCACUGAGACACUGUUUUGUUUUUUUGCACCUAUUGUGUACAGAUUCUUAGCCUCUAUUACAUUUAUUUUAUUUUUGAAAAAAGCUUCCCCCCCCCCCCCAAAAAAAAAUCUUUAUCUUUACCUAAAUCGUCCUCUAUUGAAUGUAGGCUCUGAAGUGUGCCCUCGUUCAUUAUACUGAUUAUAGUUAAGCAACAUUUCUUCCUCAUGUUUUAAAAUGUGACCUUUAUCCAGACCAUAUAUUCAGCUACUGUUUUUACCAUAAUUCAAAAUGACUUCAUGUACAUUAUACAUUAUUCAGCUGUUUGUAUUUGACUUUGAAUGUGUUUUGGUGCAACAGAAAUGACUUUAUCCAGAAUAAGAUGGGGUAACACACAUGCUAACGAAUAACAACAGAUGUUUGUGUGUUGCGCUGUAAAUUCCAAGUAAUUUGUUUGAAUUUUUACAGCAACAUUAUAGCAGGACUAAUACACUUGCUCCAAUGAAUCUUCCGUUUUUAUUGAAAAACGUGAUGAUGAUAAUGAAAUCUCAUGAAUUCAAUGAUGGGGAAAAAGCUAGGACAAUAUUAUUAAAUGUUCAAAUGGUUUUAUAGGAUGGGGGGGGGGCAUAUUAAUUUCAUGCUAAAUGAGGUAAUAGGUGUUUUCUUCAUCAUCCGACAACUGAUGGUUGAUGUUGAAGUGUGACAAUGACUACAUUGAGAGAUCUCCAUGGAGACAGCAUCAUUGAAAGCACUGAGCGCUCUGAAGGCUGUUAGGCUUACAAAUAGAUAAUACAACUAUAAUACCAGUUUCAAGCCCACAAUCACUGUUUCAGUUUAACAUAGUUUAGUAUUUAAAUUCCCUUCAUUGUGUUGAUAUACAGCUAAUAUUCUAACCUUUUCUCCAUUUAGUUAAUUCCAUGGCACAUCUUUGUACUUCUACUUAGCACUCAGAUAAUGAUUCACUAACUCUGCAGUUAGCUUGCAUCUUAAAUUGCAUGUCAGUUGUUUUUGCAAUACAGCUUCAUAAAAUUUUAUCACUUUCUGUUUAGAGAGCCAUCACAGUUGCCCAUAUCACAUAUAUAUAAAUUCGACAUUGUACAAUAAUACAAGCAGAAAUGUCUCCAAACGCCUCUUCUCUGUAUGGUGGCAAUGGCACUAAACUUUUUCCUUAUGCAUUUCUUUAACCUUAGCUGCAGUUCACAAAGGUGGGUGUAAGUUUUCACAAGACAAUACCAUUUUUCACACUUUAUGCAAAAGUUUGUAUGUCGGGUUGAGCGGGCAUGUGGGGUUGAGGGGAAAGAUUGGUUUGUUUGUAAAACUGUUGAUUGUGAUACUGAAGGGAAAAAAUGAAUGUCAUUUCUAUGUUGGUAUACAAGGUAUAAUUUUGGGGACAACAAUGCAGAUUAUGUAAAAAGCGAAGAAUGGUGCUGCUUGACAUGACUGCUUCGAAAGCUUUCAGUGUAAACUGUAUGUUUAUUGUCCAUCUCUCUCACACACUGUCCCACCAAAAGCUGGUUGCUUCCUAACUACUUAAACAAUUUUGGCAUGUGGCAUGGAUGUACUUACAUGAAUGUCUUAGAGUAGAAAUGUUUUAGGAAUUGUCAAUGAUCCAUUGGAUAACAAAAUUGAAAGCCACAAACAAGAUGAUCGCAUUGCUCUUUUCAAUAAAUACGCUGUACUUCUUAAUUGAAAAUACCAGUUGUUUUAAUGAAUUUACUAAUGCAGCUAUAUUGCUUAUUUUCGUGAUUAUUUAGAAUACAGUGUGCUUUUUCUGUAUAUAGGCACAAACAAAAUACAGAAACAAAUGUAGAUAUACACUACACACCAUUGUGAACAAAUCGUUGCAAAAGUACAGUGCAUUUGGAAAGUACUCAGACCCCUUGACUUUUUCCACAUUUUGUUACAUUACAGCAUUAUUCUAAAAUUGCUAAAAUUGUUUUUCCCCCUCCAUCAAGCUACCCCAUAAAGAAAAAUCUGUUUUUUUAGACAUUUUAUCAAUUUUUUUAUUUUUAUGAAAUCACAUUUACAUAAGUAUUCAGACCCUUUACUCAGUACUUUGUUGAAACACCUUUGGCUUCAAUUACAGCCUCAAGUCUUCUUGGGUAUGACGCUACAAGUUUGGCACACCUGUAUUUGUGGAGUUUCUCCCAUUCUUCUGUGCAGAUCCUCUCGAGCUUUGUCAGGUUGGGUGGGGAGUGUUGCUGCACAGCUAUUUUCAGGUCUCUCCAGAUAUGUUCGAUCGGGUCCGAGUUCUGGCCUGGCACUCAAGGACAUUCAGAGACUUGUCCAAAAGCCACUCCUGCGUCGUCUUGGCUGUGUACUUAGGGUCGUUGUCCUGUACGAAGGUACCUUUUCUAUUGACAGGUGUGUGCUUUAUAUUGACAGGUGUGUGCCUUUCCAAAUCAUGUCCAAUCAAUUGAAUUUACCUCCGGUGAACUCCAAUCAAGUUGUAGAAACAUCUCAAAGAUGAUCAAUGGAAACAGGAUGCAACUGAUCUCAAUGUCUUGUCUUUUUAGCAAAGGGUUUGAAUACUUAUGUAAACAAGGCAUUUCUGUUUAUUUGAAAUAAAUGUGCAAAAAUUUGGAAAACCCUGUUUUCCCUUUGUCAUUAUGGGGAAUUGUGUGUCGAUUGGUGAGAACAAUUAUUUAAUACAUUUUCGAAUAAGGCUGUAACGUAACAAAAUGUGGAAAAAGUCAAGGGGUCUGAAUACUUUCCGAAUGCACUGUACAUACAUUGUAAUCACCAGUCCAUUGAAUAAAAAGGAAAGUAAUUUCCCUACAUUCCA